GGGAGAGCGAAGUAGGCUCAUCCUCCUCCUCGCCGGUGUUGCUUCGCUCAAGGAUUUCGGCUGCAUCUCGUGGCCGGCCAUGGAUGGAGAGACGAGCUGUUCUUCGUGGGACAGUGACGAUGAGUACCAGAAGUUCAUCCAAAAGAUGAACCCUCCAAGGGUUGUGAUUGACAACACAUCAUGUGCGAAUGCAACAGUUGUGCAUGUAGACAGUGCCAACAAGUAUGGGAUACUGUUAGAGGUAGUGCAGGUCCUCACCGAGCUGCAACUCAUAGUGAAGAAAGCCUACAUAUCAUCGGAUGGUGGAUGGUUCAUGGAUGUGUUCAAUGUGACUGACCAAAAUGGGCUGAAGAUAAUGGAUGAAUUGGUUCUGGAUGAGAUAGUACAGUAUAUCCAUAAGUGUCUCAGGGCUGAUUCUUGCUUUCUUCCUUCGCGGAGGAGAUCUGUUGGAGUGGAGCCUUCCUCUGACUACACUUUGAUAGAGCUAACUGGAACUGAUAGGCCUGGUCUGCUCUCAGAAGUGAGCGCCGUUCUGACAAACCUGGAGUGCAAUGUGGUGAAUGCAGAGGUGUGGACUCAUAACAAACGAGCAGCAGCAGUCAUGCAAGUCACGGAUAGGAAAACGGGGCUGGCAAUCUCAGAUACAGUGCGGCUUGGUAGAAUAAAGGAGCGACUUAGCUUUGUGUUCAAGGGGAGCAACAGGAGUCAAGACACCAAGACAACUGUGACAAUGGGGAUAACCCACACAGACCGGAGGCUUCACCAGAUGAUGCUGGAAGAUCGGGAUUAUGAAAGGUAUGACAAGGAUAGGACAAGUGUCAACCCCACACCGAUGGUUUCGGUUGUUAAUUGGCUCGACAAGGAUUAUUCUGUGGUGAAUAUUCGGUGCAAGGAUCGGCCAAAGCUUCUCUUCGACACAGUUUGCACCCUGACAGAUAUGAAGUAUGUGGUUUUCCAUGGGAGUGUGGAUUCUGAGGGCCCUGAAGCUUAUCAGGAAUAUUACAUUAGGCAUAUUGAUGGCUCACCUGUCAACUCUGAGGCUGAACGACAACGAGUCAUCCAGUGUCUUGAAGCUGCUAUAGAAAGGAGAGUAUCCGAGGGGCUGAAGCUCGAGUUGUCGACUGGUGAUAGAGUGGGACUGCUAUCAGAUGUCACACGCAUCUUCCGCGAGAAUGGCUUGACGGUUACGAGAGCUGAAGUUUCGACAAAGGACGACAAGGCUGUCAACACUUUCUAUGUCCGCGAUGCAGCAGGGAGCUCAGCCGUCGAUCUGAAGACACUUGAAGCUAUACGCGAAGAGAUAGGCCAGACUGUGCUUCAAGUAAAAGGGCAUCCUGAUCACCGCAAAUCAACUCCGCAAGAAUCGCCAUCUAGGUUCCUCUUCAGCAGUCUGUUCAGACCAAGAUCACUGUAUAGCCUAGGGCUGAUCAGGUCCUGAGUUCUUCUGCGUGUCAGCUCAAUCCACAGAUCGACAAGCAUAGCAUGCCGUAUCAACAAACACAUCACAUAGUAUACACCCCGUAGUCUCGGUCCAAUGAAGGGAAGAUGAUCCAUCGACGCAGUUGUACCUGGCAUUGAUCAGAUGAGAAGCCAAGCAUGGAAGCAACAGUCGCAUGAAUUACAGUAGGUUCUGUAGAAGUGCCCACCGCUGUACAUAAACCCCAACCCUUUCUAGUUCCAAAACUGUAAAUACCAAUAUCUCCCUUGCCUCAUCAACAACGUUUCCAAAGAACCUGCCAUGGUUUCACCGAUGUUAAGCUCAGUUCUUCCUCAACCCAAGUGGCCUGAAAUAUCAAUUAACUUACUGCCACACCACACCAUACAUGCGGCUGCUGUGUCUGCU